CCGCCCGCUGCGGGGGCCGGCGGAGCGGGGCGGCAGCGCGGAGCCGCGAGGGCCGUGGUGGGGCGGCAGGCCGGGACCGGGCGGGUGGGAGCCCGCGGCGAGGGCAGCCCGCGGCCGGACAAAGCAUGGUGGAUGCGGAGGCGGCGGCGGCGGCAAGAACCCCGGCGGAGCCCCGCGGCAGCCUGGCAAGAUAUGAGAAAUGAGUGUUGGACGCAGAAGAUUAAAGCUGCUGGGAAUUCUGAUGAUGGUAAACAUUUUUAUUUAUGUGAUUGUGGAAGUCUCGAAGAGCGGCAGCCAAGACAAGAAUGCAGAAGGCCGUGUUGUUAUACCACGUAGCAAAUUCUGGAGGAAAUACACUCCUCACAAAGCUUAUUGGAACAAACAGCAACAGAAGCUUGAGCUGCUGUACAACCCUAUUCUGUCCUUGCUUUCCAAUAUGACUGUGGAAGAGAACUUGGUUUCUAACCUGAGUGCCCUCAGUUCCUGUGACCCUGACCCCUUGGUACACUCAGAGGUUAGUGACUUUGCAAACUUGCCAGACAGAUUCAAAGACUUCCUCCUCUAUCUGAGGUGUAGAAAUUACUCAUUGCUAAUGGAUCAGCCAAACAAGUGUGAACAGAAACCUUUCCUGCUGCUGGCUAUUAAGUCACUUAUACCCCAUUUUGAUAGAAGACAAGCAAUUAGGGAAUCCUGGGGCAAGGAAAUAGAAUCAGGGGAUGUGAUAGUCAGAAGGGUCUUCUUACUUGGGCAGACCCCACCAGAGGAUCAUUUUCCUGACCUUUCACACAUGAUUAAAUUUGAGAGUGACACCCACCAAGACAUUCUCCUCUGGAACUACAGAGACACUUUCUUCAAUCUGACUCUGAAAGAGGUGCUGUUUCUGAAGUGGGUCAGCAGUAGCUGCGCAAAUGUCCAGUUUAUUUUUAAGGGUGAUGAUGAUGUUUUUGUGAAUACCAAUCAGAUCCUGGAUUACUUGAAAAGCUUAUCAAAGGAAAAAGCCAAAGAUUUAUUUAUAGGCGACGUGAUCAAAGAUGCUGGACCUCACAGAGAGAAAAAAUUGAAGUACUACAUCCCAGAAAGCGUUUAUGAAGGUUCGUAUCCCCCGUACGCAGGAGGUGGUGGCUUCCUGUACUCUGGUGAUCUGGCACUAAGACUGAAUAAUGCAUCUGACCAGGUUCUCCUCUACCCUAUUGAUGAUGUUUAUACUGGAAUGUGCCUUCAGAAGCUUGGGCUUGCUCCAGAAAAACACAAAGGCUUCAAAACAUUUGAUAUCGAAGAGAAAUACAGAAAUAACAUCUGUUCCUACACAAACUUAAUGUUAGUGCAUAGUAGAAAACCUCAAGAAAUGAUUAAGAUUUGGACACGCUUGCAAGACCCACACUUAAAUUGUUAAAGUAAUGUGCGUAAGUGUCUUAAGUCCAAAAAACUUUGCAAGUUUGGAUCACUGAAGCUCUGUUUAGUAGUUGAAUUUUUGCUGUAGACUUUUUCCUGUACUUCUGAAAUCAAGAGUAAUACUAAAAUUUGAAGGGAUGGCUUGAAGACUUGGUCCUGACUUUUCCACUGGUGGUCCUGGUGGUUGUUAUGUUUCAAUAUGGGUCUUAAUUUUAAAAAAGACUUUGAGGCUAUAACUAGCUGUCAGUGACUGGUUAGCUGGAAACAGGGAUUGCCUACCACAAUGCAUCUUUCAUCAAUUGUGAUGGUGGAAAAUAAUUUUCCCUUGAGUAGUGUUUGUGUGUGGAAACCACUGUAAAUUGAAAAUACACAAAUUGGGGGAAUGUAGUUUUACUUUCAGAUAUGAUACAGUUACAAGACCUUAAAUUUUGAUUUUUUAAUUUUUUUUUUUUUUAAUUUAUAGUUUUCAGUUCUUUUGCACCCUGGAACAGUAUUUUUUUUCCUUCACUUACGAUCCUUUGUGAAAAGUGUAUGUGUGUCUGAAGGAUUUACCCUUUUAUUAGAUGAAGCUCUUUUUUUUUACCAAAAAAAGCAAAAUUCUGCUUGAGGUGUUUUUCAGGGCUGGGCAGGUAGGGAUGCCCCUGCCUCAAGCCUACAUACUGAAGCUAACUUACUGCUCAUGUUAUUUGUGUGGAAAGCUACUCUGGUCAAUCCUUGUUUUCUGUUUGGGCACUAAAUGUGAUCAGGUAGCUUGAUUUGAUGGAAAUGACUGAAAUUGCACAUUGCUUCUUGAGAGCAUGGUUUGGGUCUCCUGGAAAGCACCAGUGAAUCCAGAAUUGUGCACAUCCCAAGAGCUUGGAAUUCCAAACCAACUUUUGAAGUUUGCAUGAAGCCUCAUGUAGAGUUACGUGUCCUCAAAACUCAGAUCUUCUCUAUUUCCACAUCUUGCUUAUAAGAGUUACUCUAAAUAGUGGUGGCUUUCUUUGUAUAUGUAGAAGUGCCUGUCUAUUUAUUGUUCAGACUGAAGACCAAAACAUUUUCUUAAAUAUAUUUUGUGUAACAUUUUAUUUGUAUAGUGUUGUCACUCGGAUAUUUAAAUAGAGCAUGAUAUUUUAAAUCUGAGAUGUGUAACGUGGUAAAUAAAGCUAAUUGUUAUUUUUGAAUUUGAAAAAUAAAAUGUAAUUUAAAUAUU